AGGAGUGGAGGAAGGAAGGGGGAGAGGCAGCAGCAGCAGUAGCAGCAGUAGCAGCAGCGGCGGGCAUUACAGCGAGCUCGCGCGCGCGGGGGGGAUCUGGGAAUGGUGGCGAUCUCCACCGCUUCCUCUCGGAUCUAGAGGCAGCUCGGGGUUUCCCUGCCGCCGCUUUCUCUCUCUCUGUCGAGCCGUCGCCGGUGGGGGGUGUGAGGGCGGAGAUGGCGGCCAACGGGGGGAUGGUGGCGGGGUCGCACAACCGCAACGAGUUCGUCAUGAUCCGCCACGACGGCGACGCGCCCGCGCCGGGUAAGCAGGCGAAAGGUGUGAAUGGGCAGGUUUGCCAGAUAUGUGGCGACACUGUUGGUGUUUCAGCCACCGGAGAUGUCUUUGUCGCCUGCAACGAGUGUGCCUUCCCGGUCUGCCGCCCUUGCUAUGAGUACGAACGCAAGGAAGGGAACCAGUGCUGCCCUCAGUGCAAGACUAGAUACAGGAGGCUUAAAGGUAGCCCCCGAGUUCAGGGAGAUGAGGAGGAAGAAGACGUUGAUGACCUGGACAAUGAAUUCAACUAUAAGCAAGGCAAUGGCAAAGGUCCAGAGUGGCAGCUGCACGGUCAAGGAGAAGACAUUGAUUUGUCAUCAUCCUCUCGCCAUGAACCACAUCAUCGGAUCCCUCGGCUCACAAGUGGGCAACAGCUCUCUGGAGACAUUCCUGAUGCUUCCCCUGACCGCCAUUCUAUCCGCAGCCCAACAUCAAGCUAUGUUGAUCCAAGUGUCCCAGUUCCCGUGAGGAUUGUGGACCCUUCAAAGGACUUGAACUCCUAUGGGAUUAAUAGUGUUGACUGGAAGGAAAGAGUUGAGAGCUGGAGGGUUAAACAGGACAAAAAUAUGAUGCAGGUGACCAAUAAAUAUCCAGAUGCGAGAGGAGGUGGAGACAUGGAAGGGACAGGCUCAAAUGGUGAAGAUAUGCAAAUGGUUGAUGAUGCACGUCUACCUCUGAGCCGUAUAGUGCCCAUUCCUGCAAACCAGCUUAACCUUUACCGGAUAGUGAUCAUUCUUCGACUUAUCAUCCUUUGCUUCUUCUUCCAGUAUCGUGUCACUCAUCCAGUGCCCGAUGCUUAUGGAUUAUGGCUAGUGUCUGUUAUCUGUGAGAUUUGGUUUGCAUUAUCUUGGCUUCUGGAUCAGUUCCCAAAAUGGUAUCCAAUCAACCGUGAAACAUACCUUGACAGGCUUGCAUUGAGGUAUGAUAGAGAGGGAGAGCCAUCCCAGCUGGCUCCAAUUGAUAUCUUUGUCAGUACAGUGGAUCCACUGAAGGAACCUCCUCUUAUCACAGCAAAUACUGUUCUGUCGAUUCUUGCUGUGGACUACCCUGUUGACAAAGUGUCAUGCUAUGUUUCUGACGAUGGUUCAGCUAUGUUGUCAUUCGAGUCACUCUCAGAAACUGCUGAAUUUGCUAGGAAGUGGGUUCCCUUCUGCAAGAAGCAUACCAUUGAACCAAGGGCUCCAGAGUUUUACUUUGCUCAAAAAAUAGAUUACCUGAAGGACAAAAUCCAACCUUCAUUUGUUAAGGAAAGACGAGCAAUGAAGAGAGAGUAUGAAGAAUUUAAAAUACGAAUCAAUGCCCUUGUUGCCAAAGCCCAGAAAGUACCUGAAGAGGGGUGGACUAUGGCUGAUGGCACUGCUUGGCCUGGAAAUAACCCAAGGGACCAUCCUGGCAUGAUUCAGGUGUUCUUGGGGCACAGUGGUGGCCUUGACACUGAUGGUAAUGAGUUGCCUCGGCUUGUGUAUGUCUCUCGUGAAAAGAGACCAGGCUUCCAGCAUCACAAGAAGGCCGGUGCAAUGAAUGCACUGAUUCGUGUAUCUGCUGUGCUGACAAAUGGUGCCUAUCUUCUCAAUGUGGAUUGUGAUCACUACUUCAAUAGCAGCAAAGCUCUUAGAGAAGCAAUGUGCUUCAUGAUGGAUCCUGCACUAGGAAGGAAAACUUGCUAUGUCCAAUUUCCACAAAGAUUUGAUGGCAUUGACGCCCAUGAUCGUUAUGCUAAUCGCAACAUAGUCUUCUUUGAUAUCAACAUGAAAGGUUUAGAUGGCAUUCAGGGUCCAAUGUAUGUGGGUACUGGAUGCUGUUUCAAUAGGCAGGCCUUGUAUGGCUAUGAUCCUGUUUUGACUGAAGCUGAUCUGGAACCUAACAUUGUUGUUAAGAGUUGCUGCGGUGGCAGAAAGAAAAAGAACAAGAGUUAUAUGGACAAUAAAAACCGUAUGAUGAAGAGAACUGAGUCUUCAGCUCCCAUCUUCAACAUGGAAGAUAUAGAAGAGGGCAUAGAAGGUUAUGAGGAUGAAAGGUCAAUGCUCAUGUCCCAGAAGAGAUUGGAGAAACGCUUUGGCCAGUCUCCGAUAUUUACUGCAUCCACCUUUAUGACUCAAGGAGGCAUACCACCUUCAACAAACCCAGCUUCCCUACUAAAGGAAGCCAUCCAUGUCAUCAGCUGUGGAUAUGAGGACAAAACAGAAUGGGGAAAAGAGAUUGGCUGGAUCUAUGGUUCAGUUACUGAGGAUAUUCUUACUGGGUUUAAAAUGCACGCAAGAGGUUGGAUAUCAAUCUAUUGCAUGCCACCACGGCCUUGUUUCAAGGGUUCUGCGCCAAUCAAUCUUUCUGAUCGUCUCAAUCAAGUGCUCCGUUGGGCUCUUGGAUCAGUUGAAAUUUUGUUUAGCAGACAUUGUCCUAUUUGGUAUAAUUACGGUGGGCGGUUGAAACUUCUGGAGCGGAUGGCUUACAUAAACACCAUUGUGUACCCAAUAACAUCCCUUCCACUUAUUGCCUAUUGUGUGCUUCCAGCUAUCUGUCUCCUCACAAAUAAAUUUAUCAUUCCUGAGAUUAGUAAUUAUGCUGGGAUGUUCUUUAUUCUUAUGUUUGCCUCCAUCUUUGCCACCGGUAUAUUGGAGCUCAGAUGGAGUGGUGUUGGUAUUGAGGACUGGUGGAGAAACGAGCAGUUCUGGGUUAUUGGUGGCACAUCUGCCCAUCUCUUCGCCGUGUUCCAGGGUCUGCUGAAAGUGUUGGCCGGGAUUGACACCAACUUCACAGUUACCUCAAAGGCAAACGACGAGGAUGGUGACUUUGCGGAGUUAUAUGUGUUCAAGUGGACGAGUCUCCUCAUCCCUCCUACCACUGUGCUUGUGAUUAACCUGGUGGGCAUGGUGGCGGGAAUAUCAUAUGCCAUUAACAGCGGUUACCAGUCUUGGGGGCCACUUUUUGGAAAGCUCUUCUUCUCAGUCUGGGUGAUCCUCCAUCUGUACCCAUUCCUCAAGGGUCUCAUGGGAAAGCAGAACCGCACGCCGACAAUCGUCAUUGUUUGGUCCAUCCUCCUUGCGUCCAUCUUCUCCCUCCUUUGGGUGAAGAUCGACCCUUUCAUAUCCGAUACCCAAAAGGCCGUUGCAUUGGGGCAGUGUGGCGUGAACUGCUGAUCGGCACUGAAGAGAUUCACUCAACAUCCGUCCCCUCGUGUAAAUACUUGAGGGGGUUAGAUGGGAUAUUUUUUGUUGUAGAUGAAGAUGGAGUUUAUCUAAGUUAUGCCCCUGUUUGUUAGUAUCCCUGUCUCCGUGCUGCUGAGAACUUCAAACCAUGAAACCUCCAUUGCCUACGAAAACCUUCUGCACAAUUUGUGAAUCUUUUUUUUCCCUUUUGUGAUACUUGUUGUUUAUUCCUUAGAGUAUAUCAUUACCAUUUGUUUUGAGAACAUAUUUAUACAUACUAUGUCACCAACUCUUUUAUAUAAGGCGGCUGUUGGAUCAGUUCUUCA